GGAGAAGGGCAGCUGGUCACCCGCCACCCAGGGUCGGGGCCCCGGCACGAUCCGGGAGCGAGCUCUGGGGAAGGGGCCCAUCCUCCCCGCCGCACUCCACCCCCCGCCUCUGAAAUUUUCAGCCAAACAAGAGCUUCCGCCUCCUCCCCUGCCCCCUGGACCUCCCCGGGGAGCCGAGGGCGGGUGUGGACGGCACUGAGGUGGAACGAAUUUUGUAGCUCAGACGGGUGGCCCCGGUGGCUUCGGGUGGACACGCCCAGCUGGAGAAGCCGGUCAAGGCGGAUGACGCCGGCGCUCCCGGGUCUUGGCGGAUCCUGGUCGGAGCGUAGCUGUUCCUAGGGCAGCUCUGGAAGUCACCCACCGAAAAAAGAUGCCUGCUUUCAACAGAUUGUUUCCCCUGGCUUCCCUCGUGCUCAUCUUCUGGGUCCGUGCCUGCUUCCCCGUGUGUGUGGAAGUGCCCUCGGAGACGGAGGCCGUUCAGGGCAACCCAAUGAAGCUGCGCUGCAUCUCCUGCAUGAAGAGGGAGGAGGUGGAGGCCACCACGGUGGUGGAAUGGUUCUACAGGCCCGAGGGCGGUAAAGAUUUCCUAAUCUACGAGUAUCGGAACGGCCAUCAGGAGGUGGAGAGCCCCUUCCAGGGACGCCUUCAGUGGAACGGGAGCAAGGACUUGCAGGAUGUGUCCAUCACUGUGCUCAACGUCACCCUGAACGACUCCGGCCUCUACACCUGCAACGUGUCCCGGGAGUUUGAGUUUGAGGCACAUCGCCCCUUUGUGAAGACUACACGGCUGAUCCCCCUUCGAGUCACCGAGGAGGCUGGAGAGGACUUCACCUCCGUGGUCUCAGAAAUCAUGAUGUACAUCCUCCUGGUCUUCCUCACCUUAUGGCUGCUCAUCGAGAUGAUAUAUUGCUACAGGAAGGUCUCAAAGGCUGAAGAGGCAGCCCAAGAAAAUGCGUCUGACUACCUUGCCAUCCCAUCAGAGAACAAGGAGAACUCUGCAGUCCCAGUGGAAGAAUAGCAGAGAAGGGGUGUGACUUGAGGUGGCCUGAACACUGAGGAACCGGAUAUCCCAGGUUCAAUGAUGUCAACAGCGUCAGGAGGGUGCCCCAGAGGCCACAUCGCUUCCCUUCAUGCAUCCAUCCUUCUAUUCAUUCAUCAUACCUCCACUCACCUCUGAACUUUCACCUCUGACUUCCUAACUCCAUCAGACUUCUACACACCAUAAGACUUUGCCAGAACUGAGGAGCCAACAUUUCUACAUGGACUCAACCUCACCUUGUCCUAGCUUUCAAGCAAGCAGCUCCCAUGCCAACUGGACUUCUCCCCUGUACUCAACUGACUUUGUAGAAGUGCUGGAGGUGGCACACCCCGCUGCUCCUAAUUGGCUGGAACUGGCUCAUUUUCCAUUGCUGCAAGUGAAUGGAUGUCUUAAUGGAAGGAAGCAGGAAUAAUUAAUUCAGUUAAAGCAAAAGAGUGUCAUGAAAUGGGAUUCCUUGAAGUCAGUUUUUUUCAAGUUUCUAGCCCACUUGGCUAGAGCAUCAGAGCAAAGCAUGCCUGUGUAGGUUCUCCAGUGAUAGAAAGUUCACUAGGCAUGAACUAAAAUGUUCUCUGGAGCUUGGUACCGAUACAUACCUGAUAGGUCUCUAAGACCUAGGUUGGACUUAGUCCUUCAUGAAGCCAAGGAAAGGAGACUUGGGAAGAGCUGCAAGCAACUUAAGUGGCUCUUAAAAGUCAUAGAACAUGUUCAUGAUCCUAUUAGGGGAAGGUAUGCUCCCUUCCCACAGGAGCACAUCGCCUGAGAGAGCUGGGAGGCAUUAUUUUCCUGCAGGCAUUGGAACUGAAAUUCCUAAAUUCCUCCUCUUAAAAUUUCUGUGGAUCAGUAUUAUUCCACAUUUUACAGGAGGCAGCUGAGACUCAGAAAGUGCUUGACUGAAUAAGAGACUUCAGAGGAGAAACUGGAGCAGAGAUGAGCCUUAGGUACUGCCCAGUUUACACUUUGGGAGAUGGGAUAAUUUUGUUUUUAAAAAGACUUUGAAAUUGAACUUGGCUCUGGCCAUGCCUCUUUCACAAGCACAGAUUGGGGUGGAUUGCCUGGCUGAGGUGAACUCUCAUAGAUUCAGGUAGCGAGAAAUUGGCCAACAGAGAGAAGGACCUGAGGUAGACUUGAAGAAUUUCCUUAGUGAAAAGAUUUGUGAAUUUGAAACAUCCUGCAGAAGGAGACUGCAUCUAGGAACGACAUUUAAACUAAGAAACAUGCUUUUUAGUCUGAGAGGGAUAAUGAGCAAACGAAUAAGUGAUAGAGAAGGGAUGGGCUAGGUGGCUUCCAAAUAGUUCACCUGUGAAUCCAUAAUGUCUAGUGGUUUGUUUUCCUGGAUUUUGGGAGAGCAGAGGAACACUGGAAAUAUUUGUCAAUAUCUCAUGUUUCAUUUUAAUUGAGUGGUCCAAGUGUGAUGUCCUUCAGCACCCAGUGAUGAGAGAGGGGAAGGAUGCUUUAUGGGAUAUGAGAAGAUGAAAGUGACUGGGAUUCAAUGAGAGACAUGUCCCUCAGAUUUGGGGGAAUUUAUAGGGAAAGAUCAUCUUCCAUUGGCUUUGGGCCUCACCCGACACUCUCAUUUUGUCAUCUCUUCCAUCUCUGGGGAAGUACUUGAAACAAGUCCUUGUUCACAUAUUCAAGAGUCUGAUUUUAUUGAAGAAAAUACUUCAGUUUUUCAAUACUUCAAGAAAGAAAGGAUUUUCUUCAAUAAAAUCAAGGCUCUUCUUACUAGUAAUUUCCCAUAUAAUCCCUCUGAAAUAAGGGACAGAAUAUAGAUGAUUCUUCCUACUUUAUAUUAGGAAAAUAGGUCUGGAUUACUGUGAGGUUUUCCUAGUCCCAUGGCUGGUUGAUGGCAGAGGCUGCAGUAGAAGCAAGCUACUUACUACCACCCUACUUUCCUCUUGGUUCCAGCAGACCACGCAGCUAACUUGGAAUCAACUUUUAUCUUUUAAAAAAGCCCAACUCAGAUGCUUCCUGAGUGAUUUUUAAUGAGCUGAAUGGUACCUAUAAUUUCUCUUAUUUAUCCUUUACAAGUAACCUUCUCUAUUAUUUUCCUUUUUCUAACUUCUCAACUCCUUUCAUCCUUAAUACUUUCAUUAGAGCUAUACGGUUUACAAAGCAUUUUCAUUUCAAUUAUCUCAUUUCUUCUCCAGAACUAGCCCUGAGGUGGAUAUUACUAAUACCCAUGUAACAAAUGAAGAAACCGAGGCUGUCUGAGGUUAAGCAGCUUUACCAAAUCAUAAGUUUGUGCAACUGGUCAAUGGAAAGCUGGAAUUCAGGUCUUCUGACUUCUAGCCAGUUCUCUUUCCACUUAGACCAUAGUCGCUUCCUUUCCUCUCCUUUUUUAAUGUCCAUCUAGUCUUUGUGUCUCUUGCUUUCCUGAGAUGUUCAACAUCUUCUCUCAUCCCUAAUUCCACUCGACCGCUCCUCUACCACUUCGCUUCUUGGCAGAUGCUAGAAAUGUGCUUUGAGAUCAAUUUCAUUUUGGUUUUCCCUUUCUACUCGGUUUGUAUAUCAUUAUUUCUCCUGAAUUGCAAUUAAACACCUUCCUGGGAUACUUGAUCAUGACUAUAAAUCUACAAGGUACUGUGAUCACUAGCCUACUUCAUAUCCUCACCCACCUCCCUGUUUCUCCCCAUAUUCCUACAAAGGACCCAGACUAAUGUGCACUGCUCUGGAAGCUUUAUCUGGCGUGCUGUUCUUUUUAAAGGGCUUAGAAAUGUUCUCAAGGGCUAUUAUCACUUUAGGAACCCCAUCUGUUGUCUUGGUGCUGGAUAUUUCCUAUGACUAAUCCUCAAUAACACAAUUCACUAAAGGUCAAGCUAGGCUGGGUCUGAUUUUCCCUUGCCUACUGCUUAACAGCCAUGAACCUGACUGCUCAACUCAGUUGGCCCUGUAAACACCUUGCCCUACUGACUUUUACCGUCAGCUCAGUCUUGUAUCACAGCCCCAACUCCUGCAUGGAAAUACCCUGACAGUGCCUGUCCCUACCCCAACCUUUAUUGUUAGUCAGUUUAAAAGCAUUAUCCCUUAGUUUCUCCAUCCCCAUACAUCCACACACCUGGCUUUCUGAUUCUCUGAGUUUCUGGUUUCUCCUUAACUGCCAAACUAGAAAUGUUAGUAGGAAAGAAAUUUUUUCAAAGCAGGAAUAUACUGGAAAUAUGUGUAGAGCAGUGAAUGGUUAAGAGAAUAGAUAGUAGCUCCCUCUCCUCCCCACAAAACUACUAGAUCAAAAAGGAAAAUAUAACCAUCUCUGAAUCCACUUGACAUAAACCAGAGAGAAAAGGCUGUGUAAUUGCAUCUUUGCAGGAAGAAGCAGCAAGAGUUAGACAUAUUCCAGAAUAUAUCUUGGUUCCCCUUUCCCAAGUUAAUAUGGAAAAGGAAAAGUAAAAAAAGCUUUCUUCUCACCUGCUUUUGUAAAUGAAAAAUCCCCAACCCAGUGAAUUCACCUAGUCACUGCAAAUGUAUCUGAAUAGUAUUUGGUGUGCUCAUUACUCCAAUCAUCCGUUCAUUCUACAUUUCAGCACCCACUCUUUGUCAAGCACCAAUCUAGACCCUCAGUGUGCACCAUGGUCUUAGGUCUGAAAAAUGCUAUCACCCAAGCCUUUCCUAAUCUCUAAAACUCUACUGCCGUAGAUAACUCAUGUUGUUCUCCCCCCUUACUUAAGUUUAUAGUAGGACCCAGUAGACAAGCACCUUAAGCAACUCUGAGUUGUAGAUUAGACCCAAUCUCUAUCACAGGCCAGCUAAACCUCAAGGCUGGUAAUAUUCUUUUCCCCCGAGUCAUCAUUUGGCAAGAGCUAUGUCCGAUGGACAGUGUGUGUGAUGGGAGGAGUGUCCGCUGAAGGACAAGUGCUUGUAGCUCUGUGAAAUGCCGUCAAACUAGCAAACUCUUACAGUCUUGCAGCUGAUGGAACUCUGCCACAAUGUCCCCUUCAUAUUGCUUUUUCUGAUUUUCCACCACCAUUCUUUUUCUGAGCCCUAGAAAUGUUGUUCCUGACCACCCAAGCUCUCCACAACCUAAUGCCUGUAUGUAGUGUUUUUCAGUAAACUCCAUGUUUGUGUCAAUAAAGUGUCUUUAA